GCGUGUGUGAUCCAGCGGCCGCACUGCACGACCCGCCUUGUCCUCUUAAGCACCGAACUCCCACACUGUACUAUUUUAUCAUCAGCCAACUGCAUCUCCAGCCUCAACCCGCUACAACUAUCUCACCCAAACAAACCACCAACCCCUCACACACAUCAACAUGACUGGACGCGGAAAGGGCGGAAAGGGUCUCGGCAAGGGUGGAGCCAAGCGUCACCGCAAGAUCUUGCGCGACAACAUCCAGGGUAUCACUAAGCCCGCUAUCCGUCGUCUCGCACGUCGUGGUGGUGUCAAGCGUAUCUCAGCUAUGAUUUACGAGGAGACCCGUGGUGUUCUGAAGACCUUCCUUGAGGGCGUCAUCCGUGACGCCGUCACAUACACUGAGCACGCCAAGCGCAAGACCGUCACUUCUCUCGAUGUUGUCUAUGCCCUCAAGCGUCAAGGCCGCACCCUCUACGGUUUCGGUGGUUAAGCGCAUUCUUUUUCACAGUUUCAUAUCACGACUUCUACCGGCCUCAUCGGUCUACGGUCAGUUUCGGUGCUUGGG